CAGGCUAGUCUUGAACUCCUGAGCUGAAGCCAUCUACCUGCCUAGGCCUUCCAAAGUUCUGGGAUUACAGGCAUGACCCAUCACAUCCAGCCUGCAUAACAAUAUUAAAUAGGCACCUCAGGUUUGUUAGCAUGAACUUUUGGUACAUUUUAAUUUACAAAUGACAUUCACAAAAAUUAACAUGUAGUUGUACAGCUCAAUGAAUAUUCCCAAAGUCAACAUAUCUCUAAAACCAGUGUGCCAAUCAAAAAAGAACAGUGUUAGUAUACCAGCAUUUUUUUUUUUUCCUUUUCUAUUUUUCGUUUUUGAGACAGAGCCUCACUCUGUCACCAUGCUGGAGUGCAGUGGCGCAAUCUCGGCUCACCGCAACCUCCGCCUCCCGGGUUCAAGCGGUUCCCCUGCCUCAGCCUCCCGAGUAGCUGGGACUACAGGCACGCACCAUUAUGCCUGGCUAAUUUUUUGUAUUUUUAGUAGAGAUGGGGUUUCAUCAUGUUGCCCAGGAUGGUCUCGAUCUCCUGACCUCAUGAUCUGCCCACCUAGGCCUCCCAAAGUACUGGGAUUACAGGUGUGAGUCACCGCGCCCGGCCAUACCAGCAUUUCUGUAACCCCCGCUGUAAGUUAUUCACCCACCAAGGAGGUCUAAUUUGUGGCAUUUCUGAUUUCUUGCAUCGUGUCAUCUAACAUAGUUUUGCCUAUUUUUCAGUUUGCAUUCAUUUGAAUCUGGUAAAUGCUCAUCCACCGCCUUCAUUAGGAUUCUGUCAGGAUGAUUACUAGAAUUUAUUGCUGUAUGUACUGCAUAUGGCUUAGAAUAUAUGUCUGAUGAGAAAUGACUCACAAGGAUGUGUGGAUAGCAGUACAAUUAUUGUUUUUUUAAAAAGACUGUGCAAUGUGCAAUGGCCCAUCCUUCAUUGAGCCUUAGGGCUUCUGUGAAGUCCUGCUCCUUUUGUUUUUUAGCUUGGCUUCUGUCUUGGGAUUGAGACAACAAGGAUAUUCUAGUUUCAAAGCACAGGAAAACAAAAUCACUGUCUUUAAAUGGAAUAGGAAUCAUAUGAGAUUUUAUUUGAGAAUUAGUUUUAAAAAAAUUUUGAGAAUCCCUAAUUGAACACCAUCCAUCUGCAUAUUGGAUUAAACAGUUACUCUAAAUGUACCAAGAUUGCAUUCUCACAUAAAUGGCACGUGGCUAUGCUCUCUCUGCUGGGCAGUGGACUCAGACCCUCAAUGAGCUUUCAUGUUCCAUGAAAUGUGAAGGGCAGCACCAAAUCGAUAACAUGGUUGUGAAUCUCCUGUUCACUGGCCUAGGUUUGCAAGGAAAUGAUUUUAGUUGUUGCUGUAAAGGAGACAGGAGAAAGAGAACGUGGAUUGAGUCAGGGGCAUCACAGGAGUCCUCUGCUGAGGAAGAAAUCCUAGGGGCUGGACAGUAGCAAUAAGCCUGACAAACAAGACAACAUAGAAAUUACUGGUGGGACCACUGAAAAUGCAGGACAUGUUAUAACCCUAAACCAUGUUAUAACACUGAAGUUUGGAGGGAAGCCCUUCCCCCUCUAGCCACCAACAUACUUCUGAUUCUUCCAAAUAGAACCUGAUUUGUGUUGAAGUCAUCUUCUGCCUGAUAUGUGGAGAACGAACUGAAGUAGAGAAAAAACUGAUGUAGGAUACAAGGCAGAAGGCAUUGUGUAGUUCAGGAAUGUUGGCAGAUUGGCCCAAGGGCAUGAAAUUGGAGGUGUUGAGAAGAAGAUGACCUGAGACAUAUUAGGAGGCAGAGGUAACAGGAUAUGUGGGUGGUUGGGAUGAUACGGUGAGGCUCAGGCAAUAACAUUUCACCUAUCAAACCCUCUGUAUUUGUGGGCCAGCAGGACUUUUCCUGUUUUGAUUCUUGAUGGGCAUCCAAGGAACCCACGUUUAGGGAAUAAAUGAAGCUGAAGGUUCAUGUUUCUGUGGCGAAGAAAAGGCAAGACACAUUCUUGUCCUCAUGUCAGCUGCCUGGGACAUUGAAUUUUUCAUAGCCUUGUUUGUCUAACAUAGAAAGGGCUCUGAACCUACCCAGAUAGAUGACCUAGGGUAGGAGGCCACGUUGGGCAGUAGUUAGUCAUGGCUCCUUGGACUCCAUUCCCAACUAUGCCACUUAACAGCCACAGCUGAAAACAAAUUAGAGACACAUGAAGCCUCAGUUUCCUCAUAUUAAUCUAGGUGACAAAUCCACUUUACAGGGCAAAAGUGCCUAGUGUUUAUAAAAGGUCUGAUACAAUGUCUAGGAUAUGGACAUUAUUAAAUGUAAAUUAUUGUUAUCCUUAUCCCACCCCUGUAUGACUAACCAGAAGAUGUUGAUGAUGUGCAGUUCCCUGAUGACAUCUCAGCCCCGUUGGGCGAGUCAAGGGCCUGGUAACCUUCAAGUGUAGGUCUUGGUUUCUCUAAAGCAGAUUCUGGAUGUUCCUAACUACAACAUGAUUCUUUUCUUACUGACAGAGUAGGGAGUCUGGGAAUGUUAGUUGUGCUUUCUAUCAUAAUUCAAAUUCUGUGGAAAUUCACUGAAGAAAAGAGAAUACCUCGUGAAGGGUGUUUUGGUCCAUCAAAAAUUACUAACUGCUUAUUUGAGUAUUUAUUGCAUAGUCAUUUAGGUUUUGCAAAAGUUGUCAAAAUCAAAAUGAGUAACUUGUGUAAAAUAAAUAAAUAAAUAAAUAAAUAAAUAAAACCAGGAGGCUGAGAAAAGAGGGCACUCAAACACACACACUUAAGAUAAGAGCUAUUACCAAGUCUCUGAGGGCUGUUAAUGCACAUAUUCCCGUUAAAAGAACUUUUGACAAGAACUUCUCAAACCGCAGCUUGCUACAGGAGUUACAAGGACAGCUCUAGAUGUAGUAGAACACUUGCCUGACAAAUUUCUCCACUAAUGAACUGGUGUUAACCUCUGCCAUAAACAUCUGUGACCAAUGUUCUUUUUAUCUCAAAACAAAUUAUGUGUACUUUUCCCUUUUGCCUUUGAAAGCUUCUCCUUGUUUCAAGCUCUCUGGAUAUGCCUGAUAUGGCUAUAGUCCCUAUAGCUUGCAUGUCCUGGAUUUGCAAAUUCCCUGUGCAUUCCUGAAUGAACUCAACAUCUUUGAAGAAUCUCUGUUAUUUAGGUUGACAGUUUAAAUAUAUCCUACAUUGUGCUUUUCUUUGCCUCACUUGUUCCACUUAUUUUACUAUUAUUUUACCUUUCUAUUGAUUAUUUAUAUUCCAAACUUUUCCUCUUCUAGUUUGAAAAGUAUAUACACUGACUCUAUUUAUUAUAUUUAAGCUAAAAAUUACAAACGUUUAACACAUUAGCGUGCCAUACAGGAUUGUAAAUACAUUUACUUUCCACUUGGCAAUAUAAAAGAUUUAAAACUUUGAGCAACUAGCCUUCUUUCAAUUUAUAUGUAGUUGAGGUUACGCACGGGAAUUCCAUCAUUCUAACUCAAUAAGUAGAUCUACUUAUGUUUUACACCAUAAUAAGCUGUUAUUUUAAUCAAAAGAUGCACUUCUUUUCAUCUUCAUUUCUUCUCUCAUUGCAGACUUUUCACCUGGGAUCAACUUUCUUUGGCCUUGAGUAUUAUUUUAAACACUAUUUUCUGUGUAAAUGUAUUUCCAUUAUGUUUAUCAUUUUUGGUUUCAAAUAGUUUUACAUCACACUUCCAUAAAAGACAUUUUGUUGUGUAUAGAAAUCUAGUUUGGUGGCUAUUUCUUCUUUACAGAAAGUGUUCAUGUUGCCCUUUUCAUUGCCAUAUGACAUUUGAUGAAUUCUGUCUUUUCAGAUACUUGUAAAACACUUAAAAUAUUGAAUACAUCUCUGUAUAUGGAGUAUGAAAUACUAUCUUGAACAAGAGUAUUACUUGUUGGGUUUGACACAAUCACUGCUGUAUAAGCAGGAGAAAUAUUUUCUGAGGUAACCAGAGACAGAAGCAUUAUUCACUUACUUCAAGGCCACCAAACAUCCCCACUCCAUGUUCCACGUCCUGGUGGUGUCUGGAGUCUUUCUUGUGCCUGACAGAAAAUGCUGAGGCUCGCCAAACUAACUCUGGAGCAUCAGGCUACACGCAUUUGAAAACAAUAUUUGUCAACUUCCAGCUAUAGAAAUCUGAGUGACGUUAGUGUAUGGUGUGUCCAUUUUAUUUUUUGAUGAGCAUUCUCUGCGUAAGGAAGCCUGAAAUCAUGUCUCUAAACAUUCCUUUGAUGUCACACACGACGUUCACCAGAAAUACAGAUGUGGCUCCUUCAAGAGGAAGCAAAGCUCCGUCUGGGCCUUGGAAACGAGGGACACCAUUUCCAGGUGCCCCUGGCGAUCUUUUCUGGGCUUUUGACCUGGAGGUGACGCGAGACGCCGCUUACGAGUGUUGGUGCCGUGGGAACUACAUUACCCAGAAAACUUGGCGGCUCUGGGCCAAUGAAAGCCCAGGAAAUAGGCGUUUCCGUUGGUGAGGAAAACGUCAGGGCGGGACUUCCUCUACCAUUCCUCUGGUGGACAUUUUAUUUGCUUUUCCAUUAAUCCACUGGUUUAGUCUCCAGAACGCAAUGUCAGACCUGAGGUGACAGAAAAGGGAAAACGUGAGAGAGUGUCUUCUUCCCUGAAGAGAGGUGGGCCUGAGGCUCGACAGUGACUCUGCCCGAGUGACCUAGCCGCUGGGCUGGGCCCUGGACGGCUGAUCCCAGGUUCCUGCACUUGUCGCCACCCUUCCGUCGUCCACAGGCCCGAUGGCGGCGGCUGAGCCGAUGGGCCCGGCACAGGUUCCCAUGAACUCAGAAGUAAUUGUGGACCCUAUACAGGUGAGGGGAGAAUGUCCAUGUUCUCACCGAUCCCACCCCCACCCAACACACUCUACAGCAUUGUGGUGUUAUAUAGAACACUCUCCUGCUACUCUCCGAUCUCUUGGGUCUGAGGACUCUGGAGAAGCCCCAAGCCCAGGGUCCUGACUCUGGGCCAGGGGUUUUAUGGAGGGGUUUCCAUUUCUGCCAACCAUUGGAAUAAGGUUGGAAGGUUGUUCCAGGCACAGGAACGAGCCUGUGCAAAAUACUUAGAGGGGCAGGUGAACUUUGAGGACGUGUUCGUGUACUUCUCCCAGGAGGAGUGGGUGCUCCUUGAUGAGGCUCAGAGGCUCCUGUACCGUGAUGUGAUGCUGGAGAACUUUGCACUUAUGGCCUCUCUGGGUUGUUGGCAUGGAAUGGAGGAUGAAGAGAUACCUUUUGAGCAGAGCUUUUCUAUAGGAAUGUCACAGAUCAGGAUUCCUAAGGGAGGUCCUUCUACUCAGAAGGCUUACCCCUGUGGGACAUGUGGCCUGGUCUUAAAAGACAUUUUGCACUUGGCUGAGCACCAGGAAACACACCCAGGGCAGAAACCAUACAUGUGUGUGCUGUGUGGGAAACAGUUCUGGUUCAGUGCAAACCUUCACCAGCACCAGAAGCAGCACAGUGGAGAGAAACCCUUUAGAAGGGAUAAGAACAGGGCCUUUCUUGUGAACAACUGUGCUGUGCAAUCAUCGGAGAUGUCUUUUGUGACAGGGGAGGCUUGUAAGGACUUCCUAGCCAGCUCAAGCAUUUUCCAGCACCAUGUCCCUCACAAUGAGUGGAAGCCACACAGCAACAAGUGUGAGGAGGCCUCUCACUGUGGAAAAAGGCAUUACAAAUGCAGCGAAUGUGGGAAAACCUUCGGCCGCAAAGACUCGCUUGUUCAACACCAGAGAGUCCACACUGGAGAAAGGCCUUAUGAGUGUGGUGAAUGUGGGAAAACCUUUAGCCGCAAACCCAUACUUGCUCAGCACCAGAGAAUCCACACUGGAGAAAUGCCUUAUGAGUGUGGCAUAUGUGGGAAAGUUUUUAAUCAUAGCUCUAACCUUAUUGUACAUCAAAGAGUACACACUGGAGCAAGGCCUUACAAGUGCAGUGAAUGUGGGAAAGCCUAUAGCCACAAAUCUACACUUGUUCAGCAUGAGAGUAUCCAUACUGGAGAAAGGCCAUAUGAGUGCAGUGAAUGUGGAAAAUACUUUGGUCACAAAUACAGACUCAUUAAACAUUGGAGUGUUCAUACUGGAGCAAGGCCUUAUGAGUGCAUCGCAUGUGGGAAGUUCUUUAGCCAAAGCUCUGACCUUAUUGCACAUCAAAGAGUUCAUAAUGGUGAAAAGCCUUAUGUGUGCAGUGAAUGUGGAAAAGCCUUUAGCCACAAACAUGUACUUGUUCAGCAUCAUAGAAUUCACACUGGAGAAAGGCCAUAUAAGUGCAGUGAAUGUGGGAAGGCCUUCAGGCAGAGGGCUUCCCUCAUUCGCCACUGGAAAAUUCACACUGGAGAAAGGCCUUAGGAUGGGAGAUAGAUAAUUCCGUUUCCUUGUUCAACAUAAUAACUGACACCAGAGAGAAGCUCCAAGUGUAGCCUUUAUGUGUAGCCGACAGCCAGAAGUAGAACUUUAUACACUCACUCACUCACCCUGGGGAGGUUCUUCUGAGUGCCAGCUGUAUGGGAAGCCUUCUGGAGCUAUGCUGAAUUUUCUAGACUCUUGCUGGAAUUUCGUCAAGGCAGUGCCUCUGUUAGAAGCCAUCUGUCUUUGUGCUGGAAGAGUCCUGCAUUGUGCAAAAGUAAUCCCAAUGUGUUUCAAAAGACAGACCUCUGUACUUCUCCCUUCCCUGGAGGGAAUCAUCAGUAGCCUGAGGCCAUCUAGGAUUCUCACUUUUUUUCUGCCCCACAACUGGUUUAAGCAUGAGCAUUACCCAGUUUUAGCCAGAAAGAUGGGAACUUUGUUCUGCUGACCACUGGCAGAGGUUUCCCUUCAUGGAUAUAGUUGAUCUCACAUGGCACUUGUGAUGAAUUUUUGUAGCCUCCAAGACACCUAACCUGAAAUUGGCUGCCUUAUAUUCUGGUUUUGCAACAAAUGCCUUAAUUUUUAGACUAUCUUAAAUCUUGGGGAUUCUGUUCGCUUUGUGGGUUGGGUUGAGUACAGAAUUGGGCUAAGCCAGUAUGAAGGGAUGAACAGCUUUUGUGAGAGCUCCGACUAUCUGUAUCUCUGAAGUGAUAGGAUGGCAAAGACUAGCUCUUAUUCUAGUGUCAAGCUAACUUACUUGACUGCUUAAGCUCUCCUAGGAAAGAAUGCCAGUCUUUGUAGCCCUAAUCUUUUGGUCUAUAUGCUAAGAUUUUUUUUGUGUAAUUGAGGUCACCCUAAGCAUUGGGCAUUUGUUGUGAUAAUCUCUAGUGUGUCUGGGAGUAAAAUGAAUUAGGUCCCUUGUUCCCAGAAGAUACUUCAUAUUCCCAAGGCUUCUUGAGGAGAAUUUGAACUCAUGGGACAUGUCAAGAUCUCUGAAGUCUAUUUUUCAGUAGGCAGUUAACACUGGCUGUCCUCCAGAAGGCCCAGGUAGGAAUCAUAGUUGGUGCAGAGACCCAGAUUAAUAAAGGAAUGAGAAAACUGCAGCAAACUAUACGGAAUAUGACCCUUCUAAAGGUGCAUCCACAUGUGUUUCCAUAACUCUGGCUCCAUUAUGAGGGUUUACAGAAAUAUUUCCAUACCUGUGUCUCUUAUGGCUAAGGUUACUGUCCAGAAGUCAGUCUAAACAUUUUUGCAAUAAACUGCACAUAUUUAUAGUGUACCAUUUGAUAAGUUUUGAUACAUGUUGGCACUUCUCAAACCAAAAGUUUCCUGAUUCCUUUUAUAUUUUCUCCCUUUCCUUCACCCAUCCCCAGGCAACUAUUGGUCUGUUGUCACUGUAGAUUUGUUUGUAUUUCCUAGAAUUCUACAGAGAUACAGUAAUUUAAUAUGUAUUCUAAUGUUUUUGGCUUCUUAAACUCUGAAAUUAUGGCUCAUGGUGUGUUCUGUGUUUCAUAGUUUAUUUCUUUUCAUUUGUACUUUGCUAAGAGUAUUCCAUUGUAGAGAAAUAGUUCUAAAGCAAGUGAUCCAGGAGAGAACUCACACAAGAACAAAGCCACAGUAUCUGUCAUUACCUUAAACUGAAAGUGAUGAGCCAUUAUUUCUGCUAUAUUUCAUAAGUAACCCUAACUAAUCCUGGUUAAAAGUGGAAGAGAACUACACAAAGUUGAAAAUAGGGAUUUGUGGGGCAUUUUCUUGGACUCUGGUGACCAUAAUCCUAUGUGGUUUUUUUCUUUUUCUGUUUUAGUUGUUUAAUGUGAAUUACAUUGACUGAUUUUUUUAAAUAUUAAGCCAACCUUGCAUUUCUGGAAUAAUUCCCAUUUGGUCAUGAUGUAUUAGUCAUUUAGUAUAUUGUUGAAUUUGAUUUGCUAUUUUGUUUUGUUUUUGUUUUUUUGUAACAAGUUUUGCACCAAUGUUCAUGAGUGAUAUUUGUCUCUAAUUUUCUUUCUGGCUUGCUUACUUUUUUUUCUUUCUAAUUUUAUAUCUUGCCCAGGUUUAGCUUUGGUAUCAGCAUAAUGCCAGCUUUAUAGAGUAAGGUGGGAAGUAUUCCUGCUCUUCAACUCUCUGGAAGAGUUUGUGAAUAAUUGGUAUUAUUUCUUCCUUAAAUGUUUGAUAGAAUUCACCAAGAAAACUGUCUGGGCCUGGAGUUUGUUUUGUAGGAAAGUUUCUAACUAUAAGUUUGAUUUCUGUGGUAGAUAGAGGGCUGUACAAGUUAUAUGUACAUCUGUCUAUGUGUGCGUCUGUUGUCUGUCUGUCUCUCUGGGCCUGAAGUGUGUUUUGUAGGACAGCAUCUAACUACAAGUUUGAUUUCCAUGGUAGAUGGAGGGCUAUACUAGUUAUAUAUACAUCUGUCUGUCCGUCCAUCUGUUUGUCACUCCAUCCAUCCAUCAAUCUCUAGAGUGAGCUUUGAUGAUUUGUGUCUUUCAAGGAGUUUUUCUGUUUCAUUUAAGUACUCAAAUUUUUCAAAAUAUUAUUUUCAUACUUGUAGAAUUUGUAGUGGUGCAACCUCCUCUAUUCCUGAUACUGGUAAUGUCUAUAUUUCUCUUUUAACCUUGAUUGGUUUAGGUAGAGAUUUAUCAAUUUUACAAUUUUAUUGAUCUUAAAGUACUUGGUAUUAUUGAAUUUUCUGUUUUCUGAUAUUUUGGGAUUUUUUUUUUUCCAUUUUGACUUUUACUAAUGCCUUCUGCUUUUAUUGGAUUUCAUUUCUUUUGCUACUUUUUAACUUGGAAGCUGAGGUCCUUCGUUUCAAACCUUUGGGUUUUUUCCCCUAAUAUGGGGGGAAAAUGUUAAUGUUAAAAAUCUGUCUGAGAACUGCUUUAAUUACCUCCCAUCAAGCUUGAUGUGGUUUCAUAUUUUUUUUUUUUUUUUUUUUUGAGACAGUGUCUCGCUCUGUCGUCCAGGUUGGAGUGCAGUGGCGUGAUCUCAGCUCACUGCAAGCUCCUCCUCCCGGGUUCACGCCAUUCUCCUGCCUCAGCCUCCUGAGUAGCUGGGACUACAGGUGCCCACCACCACGCCUGGCUAAUUUUUUGUAUUUUCAGUAGAGACGAGGUUUCACCAGGAUGGUCUCGAUCUCCUGAUCUCGUGAUCUGCCUGCCUCAGCCUCCCAAAGUGCUGGGAUUACAGGCAUGAGCCACUGUGCCCAGCCGAUGUGGUUUCAUUUUAGUUGAGUUUAGGAUGUUUUCCAGUUAAAAAAAUUCUUCUUGACACAUGGCUCUUUUUAAAUGUAUGUUAUUUAAUUUCUAAAUAUUUGGUGAUUUUGCUUAUCUUUCUGGUAAUUUCUGCAAUAAUUCCAUUGUGGUCAGAGUACAUUAAGACUUGAAUUAUUUACAUUUAUUGAGAUUUGCUUUGUGGCCCAGAAUAUGGGCUAUCUUGGUAUGAGUUACAUGUUCACUUGAAAUGUAUACUGUACUCUCGUUUGAUGAAGGGGUUCUACAAGUGUUGAUAAGGCAAAAAUGGUUGAUAAUGUUAAUUAAGUUUUUUCUAUCUUUAUUGACAUUCUGUGGUUUUGUUUUGGUUCUAGCAAUUAUUUUAAGAGGAUUGUUGACAUCUCUGAAUAUUAAAUUGGAUUUACUUCUCUUCAGUUCUGUCAGCUUUUGCUUCACAUAUUUUGAUAUCUUUUUAUUAGGUGAAUAAUAAAUAUUUCCUAUUUUAUGUCCA